AUGUCAUAUUCAGAAAAAGAGUUUAUUGUGCGUGCUUCCACAUCAAAAAUAGGUCCAACUAUGGCUCAUAAGUUGAGGGCAAGUCUGAGAGGUAGGUAUGAGUUUGUAAAGCCCAAAGUAGUUGACUAUAAAAAUUUAAGGAGAGAUAUCAACAGGGUUAUUGGUUAUAAAGAUGCCCAAAUGAUAGUAAAAACAAUGAAUAACCAUCGAGCUCACUAUCCAAAUUACUCAUUUGAGUUUAAUUGUCAAGAUGAUGUUUUGGACUAUAUGUUUUGGGAUGAUGAAAUGGAGAAGGCAUAUUAUGUUGAAUUUGGUGAUGUUAUCUCAUUUGAUGCAACUUUCCGAACAAACAAGUAUCAAAUGGUUUUUGUUCUGUUUACUGCUAUUGACCAUCAUAAAAAAUCGGUUACUGUUGGAUCUGGGUUGCUAAGCAAUGAAAGCAUUGAGUCUUACUCUUGGUUGCUUAAAGCAUUUCUUAAAACUCAUGGGAAAGAACCAACACUUGUUUUAACUGAUCAAGAUGCUGCAAUAAAACAAGCUGUUGAGAAUAUAUCAGAUGAUUUAUUUACAAACACAGACUUUAGAAAAAGGUUUUCGAAGCUUGUUUGGGACAUUAAUAUGAAACCUGAUGUUUUUGAGGUGAAGUGGGGUUUGCUUAUGAAGGAAUUCAAUCUUGAAGACACAAGAUGGUUUAAAGACAUGUUUACAAUACGUGAUUCAUGGAUACCUGGAUAUUUUAGUGAUAUUCCAAUGUGUGGUUUGAUGAAGACUACAUCGAGGUCAGAGAGUAUGAAUUCAUUCUUUAAUACAUAUUCAGAAAGUGGGAACUUACUUUUGAAUUUCAUGAUGAAUUACGACACCGCAAUUCAAAAGCAAAGGAAUACUCAACGAGAGCUUGAUAAGGUUGAAAUAAAAGCUGAAGAGAAAGAAAUAAAUUGUAGUUGUGAACAUUUUAAGUGUAUGGGUAUUUUAUGCAGACAUGCUUUUAGAAUAAUGAUGAGAUGUGGUGUUAAAGAAAUUCCUGAAAGGUACAUUUUGAAGAGAUGGAGAAAGGAUGUGAUAUCAAGAAAUUAUCGUUUUAGUUAUGUUCAAUCCGAUUCAGGUGAUUGUGAGAAUGUAAAGCUAGUCAAUGAUUCAUAUGUGGAUAUUCUAAGAGAUGACAAAAAGAGAUUGGCUUUGUUUGCUGAGAAACAACAAAUGUUGUUGAAGGAAUUUGAGAGUGAUUAUAUUUCUCCUGGAUUGAAAAGCAAGAUAGAUGGUGAAGUCGUAUGCAAGCUUUUGGGUGUUACUAUUCCUAUUCCAGAAGAGAUUAAUAUUCAUGUUCCUGAAGUUCAAAGCAAUAAAGGUUCUGGAAUCAAGAAACGAAUUCCAAGGUGA